UGACCAGUACCUAUCUCCAAUAACUGUACAAGCUAUUCUCACAUUAAAACUUCUCUGAGCCUCCAUCCAUGCUCUCAAACUCAACUUUUCCUCGCACAACUUCGCUUCUGCUCCUACUCCAGAACCAGAAUCCCGGAAUAAUUCUUGGUUGCGGGAGUUGUUGAUCCAGGACAAGGAGUCUGAAAGACAAGAGAUUAGCAUCAGGCCCAAGAAAUCUUGUAAAAAAGAAUGGGUGGAAUAAUCCAUGGCCAAGGCCAUGGUCUGCUCAUCUUGCUGUCGGUGGCGUCUCUAGCAUUGCUGCCGGGAGCCACGCCGCUGCAGCCCUCACAGUCCUGGUCUCUCUUCAAGCUCCGGCAACUCCUGGGCGACCCGCCGGUGCUCGGCACCUGGCUCAACUACACCGACUUCUGCUACGGCGGCGACUACAAGACCGCCUCCGCCUUGGUGGAGUGCUACGAAGAUAGCGUCACGCAGCUCCACAUCAUGGGAGACCCCGGGGCCCGCCCGCUCCCCAACACCUUCUCCAUCGACGCGCUCUUCACCACGCUGUCCAGGCUGCCAGACCUCAAGGUGCUCACGCUCACCAACCUCGGCCUAUGGGGGCCACUGCCGGGGAAGAUCUCCCGCCUCCAGAGGCUGGAGAUCCUCAACGUCAGCUCCAACUACCUCUACGGCGAGCUCCCGCGGGGGCUCUCCCAGCUCGCUAGCCUCCAGACGCUGGUCGCGGACGACAACAUGCUGGGAGGCAAGCUGCCGGGGUGGCUCGGCGGCGGCGUGCCGCUGCUGGCGGUCCUGAGCCUCCGGAACAACACGCUGCAGGGGACGCUGCCGGAGUCGCUCAAGGGCAUGCCGUCGCUGAGGUCGCUGGUGCUCGCGUCUAAUAACCUCUCCGGGAACCUGCCGGACUUGAGCGGUCUGAAGAACCUCCAGGUGAUUGACAUGGCCAACAACGCGCUAGGGCCGGCGUUCCCGCGGCUGGGGCGGAAGGUGGCCAGCUUGGUGCUCGCCGGCAAUAAGUUCAGCGACGGCCUCCCUGCCGACAUGCUCGCCUCGUGCUACCUCCUGGAGCGGCUGGACGUGUCGGGCAACAGGUUCGUGGGGCCUUUCCCGGCGGCGCUGCUCUCGCUGCCGUCCAUCGAGUACCUGAGCAUCGCCAAGAACAGGUUCACCGGGCGGCUCUCAGGUAACGCCUCGUGCGGCGAGAACCUCCAGUUCGUGGACCUCUCGUCGAAUCUCCUGACGGGGAGCCUCCCCGGCUGCCUCGCCGCCCCCGUCAAGACCAAGACAGUGCUCUUCGCGGCAAACUGCCUUUCCACAUCCACCGGCGACGACUCCCAGCACCCGUCGCCGUUCUGCCGGAACCAGGCAUUGGCCGUCGGGAUCGUGCCUGGGCAGGGACACAAGAAGACCGGCCUUCGCGCCAAGGCCGGCAUUGUGGCCGGCCUUCUUGUGGGAACAUUGGUUGUCAGCGCGGCGGUGUUGUUUGUGGUGAGGAAGGCGAGCGCGCCCAAGGCGAGGCCUGCACGGCGACUGGUGGAGCACGCGUCCAGCGCCUACCCUUCGAAUUUGCUGGCCGAUGCGCGUUACAUAUCUCAGACGGUGAAGCUGGGGGCUCUUGGCAUUCCGGCAUACAGAUCAUUCUCCUUGGUGGAGCUGGAGGCGGCUACCGAUAACUUCCAAGUGUCUAGCCUCAUGGGGCAAGAUGCUCAUGGCCAGAUGUACCGUGGACGGCUAAGUAAUGGGACCCCGGUGACAAUCAGGUCCCUCAAAGUGAAAAAGAGCCAGUCCUCCCAGAGCUUCACCCGCCACAUCGAAAUGAUAUCCAAGCUGAGGCAUCGGCACCUAGUGAGCGCGCUGGGGCACUGCUUCCAGUACAACCUCGACGAUUCCACCGUCACGCAGCUCUACCUCGUCUUCGAAUACGUGCACAAUGGAAACCUCAGGGGCAGAAUUUCACAAGGAACGGAAGGGCGGAGGCUGUCCUGGGGCCAAAGAAUAUCAACCACCAUUGGUGUCGCCAAGGGCAUUCAGUUCCUGCAUGGAGGGAUCAUACCAGGCCUAUUUGCGAAUAACCUCAAGAUCACCAACAUUCUUAUGGACCAGAAUCAGGUCGCCAAAAUCGGCAGCUACAACAUCCCCAUUCUGUCCGAGACCAUGAAAUCAGAGGUGAUGCAGGGAGGAGCUGGAAGCAAGUAUCCAUCGGAUAGGGUUCCUAAUGGUGAUAAGAUUGACAUGUACGAUUUUGGUGUGAUACUGCUGGAGGUUGUCUCCGGCAGGCCCAUUAGUUCCAUAUACGAGGUGGAGAUAAUGAAAGAACAGUUGCAAUCGGCGCUGACAGCACAAGGCCCGAGCAAGAGGUGGAACUUGGUGGACCCGGCGGUCAGCAAGGGCUGCUCCGACGACUCCAUGAGGACCGUCAUGGAAAUCUGCCUGCGCUGCCUUGCCAAGGAGCCAACGCAGAGGCCUUCAGUCGAAGACAUGCUCUGGAACCUGCAGUUUGCAGCCCAGGUGCAGGAUGACUCCCGGAGCAGCGAGGAGUCCCCGCUCUCACCCUCGCAGCAGCUCCAUGCACAAUCCGCAGAGGACUGACCACUGGCGCUAGGCCAGAGAAUGUACAAUCAGGAUCUGAAUUCUGAAAUGACAUGCUCUGGGUCUGGGGCAUCUUGCAGGCUCAGAAAAAUACAUUAUGAUUCUCCAUCAAGCAUCAUGGCUCAAGGGAAGGAUUAGACAUGGUAUUCUCAGGCCAAGUGUACAGCAACAGCUCAAGCCGGACCCCGUGAUGCAUGCAUAUACUCUACUUUGCACCAAGAGGCCACCGGAUAUGAUGAGUUUUCAACCGCCCAAAGGACGACUAGUAAUAUGCUCGAGGAAUUGUAGGAUGGAUUGGAAUGCAUUCCCAUAAAACCAUCAUGUCUUCCCAGUGUCUUGAAAAUUACACUUUGUGUCUAGGAA